UAACUCCAAAGUUCAGAUUUCAGGAACCAGGCUGGUCACGAGAAGGUGUGUGUCACACACACAGAGUCAGCGAGGGAAGUCCUUGGUGUAGUCAUCUGUCUGACUCUAUGCAUCUGCCUCUUUCCUGGGCGACUCUAUGCGAACAGGGUCCAGUGCUGACUCGGGAGCAGGAAGAGGCUACAGAGGUUCUGAGACCCACAUCCACAUUCACUGUGUCCAGAGAGAGCCUCAGAAAAGCCAGAAAACGAGGCAAGCAUCUCCUUACAUCUUACUGCCCACCUGGGCAGGAGGCCAACCUUGAACCAGUCAAGGCAAUUCGAAACAUUCGAGACAAGCUCACAUCCCUAUCACCUGCCCCUGGCUUCCACCGGCCCACCCGUGACCCCGGUCAUCAGCUGGAUGUGACGGAAAACCUUUCGGGGGCGGCGGGGGCUCUUUCCAUGCAGUUGUCUAUGUGGCUUCUUAGGUGGCUCUCCCAGUCGGCCAGAGGAACAGGACGAAAGCCCGGACCUGGCCCCAGUCUUCCCGUCUCCAUACACGGAGCCCAUCCGACGCCCGGGCGUUGUCCUGGGCGCCUCCAUUCCUUCCACACUCACGUACCCAGCAGCACAACCUGCCAGCUCCACCUGGAAGAGACCCCCUCUCACCUGCUCCACUGUGACUGGGUGGCUCAGGCCAUCCUCCCCCUGGUCUCCCUGAUCCUGUCCUUGCCCCACCCCCAACCUGUUCUCAGCCAGGUAAUCCUGUUACCAUACAAACCAGAUCAAUCCCAUAGACUCACCUCCUCCAGAGUAAAAGCUGAAGUCUUCCCAGUGGUCCGCAGGCCUCAGAUGACCUAUGUCCCCGUCUCCAUCACCACCUGUCACCUCUCUAGCAUUACCUCUCUCCACACUCCCCUCUGUCCUCUAGGCUCCAUCCACACUGGUCACCUGCGCUGCCAUGUCCCCUGUGCCCAGAGUCUGCACCAGGCACACACGGACUGCAUGUUUCACUGAAUAAAUGAAUGAAUGAAAAACAGACAUUCUCCGCAAGGCGACCCUGCUCCCCAAAAGGUGAAAGCUGGUUCUGGGGGAAGAAAAGAUUCUACCCUCUUUACGCGAGAACACAGAUGUACCUGUAGUACAUAAACCGUAGCACCGUG